UCUCGAUUACAUACGUACGUUGUUUCAAGUGACGAAGCAUCUUAUAGUCGACCAGUUACAAUCCGGACAUUAUAUUAGCGACAUAUAUUUUUUAAUACACGUUAUACUAGUAGUUUUUUUUUUUUUGCAAAUUUAAUAAUCAAUUAAAAUGACAAAUAUUGAAUAUAAAUAUAUGAUAAAUAUUUAUUUAGUAAUUAGUAUCUGGUUAACGGGAAUUUUGUCAGUGAGAUCGCAAACAGUUUGGCUAGAUGUAGAUACGGGUAAAAUAGUGGGUGUAUCUAAAAGUCAAUCUAAUCAGCAAGUGGGUAAUUAUGGUCAAGUGAAUUAUAAUGGUAAUAGAAGACCGCAGUAUGGUCAAACCAACACACUUUCGACAAAUUAUCCUGUUAAUAAUCAGAGAGUUGGUGUAAAUAAUUUGAAUCCAAUGUGGAAUUGCAGAAACAGCAGAACGGGUUUCAAUUUUCCUGUAACAAAUGAAGUAAUGUUCAAUACCUUUCCGGAAAUUUUACAACAAGCACAAAGAUCUAAUUUCCCGAGACAAAAUUACCCGAAUUAUAAUCGAAAGCGUCAAUAUGGACAUGGACAGCAAAAUCACUACAGAUUUGAAUUUGCUGUGCAGAGAAGAAAACGCAGUACUUUAGAUCCUGAGUGGGUUUGUACAAAUAGUAAAACUGGGGAUAUGUUAGUAAUUGCCAGUGAGGUCAUGACUGAUAAAUUCCCAGAAAGUAAUCAAAAUACGUUAAAUAAUCAACGAUAUCCUAAUCAAUAUGAAAAUAAUCCCUGGUUAAAUGGUCAAAAUCAACCAAAUCAACCAAACAAUCAAAUACCUCAGCAAAAUGUUCCUCAAAAUCCACUAAAUUGGGGACAAAACAAUCAAAAUAUUCCUCAGAAUCCACCAAACUGGGGACAAAACAAUCAAGUUUUACCAACCACUUCAAUACCUCAACAAAAUAUCCCUCAAAAUCUACCAAACUGGGGGCAAAACAAUCAAGUUUUACCAAGCACUCCAAUACCUCAACAAAAUAUUCCUCAAAAUCUACCAAACUGGGGACAAAACAAUCAAAUUUUACCAACCACUCCAAUACCUCAACAAAAUAUCCCUCAGAAUCCGCCAAACUGGGGACAAAAUAAUCAAAAUAUUCCUCAAAAUCCACCAAACUGGGGGCAAAAUAAUCAAAACCCCAACAAUCCAAUCAAUCUUCCCCCCAUUCAAGCAACACCUGAACCCACUGACCCACCAGCAAUUAUUUUAACAACGAAAAAACCAUUCCCGAAAUUAGAAGAUAUUGACUGGCUGCAAUACAUCGAAACAACAACGAAGCCAAUACCAACAACAACAACAACGACGACUAAAAAACCAGCUUUGAAUCCGACGAGUUUAAGCCAAGCGAUUGACGGCGAAGGAAUUAUCAUGCCCAGAGGAAAUUUCGAAAAGUAAAUUAACUAAGACGUCAUCAGUCAUCACCAGCAUUGUCAUAAGUCUUAUAUAUUCAUAUAUAUAUUAAAUAAAUUACAUAUGAGUUUAUUUAAACUCUGACUUUCGUCACAGAUACGGAUAAAAAUUAUUCGUAAAAUAAAAAUAUUUACAGAGUAAUUUAAUUGUUAGCAUAAAUUUAAUUAUAUUGUAAAAAUAUUGACUGUAAUAAAAUAUAUAUUGAAAUGAACAGCCGAUUAAAUAUUUUGUAUACUUGUAAUUAAGCAUUGGACUUAUUAAUUAAAAAAAUAAAUAAUUUGUGAAACUAUUUUUUAUAAAA